AGUUGCUUAGUAACAAUGUCGUUAGUCAUUUCUGCAUAUAAUUGUCAUUUUUAGAUUAAAACCUGUACCUGUAUUUUUGAUAUUAUUUUGAAUCUCAUUUAAUAUUUAUUAUGGCCCGAAAAGAAGAACCCAAAAUACAACCAAAUAAUGAUUUAGAAAAAAAAAUUAUAGAAGCUUUUGAGGUGUUCGACCACUCAGGAAAACAAGUUGUAGAUGUGCGAGAAAUUGGAACAAUCUUGAGGUCUCUGGGCUGUUGUCCUACAGAGGCUGAAAUACAAGAAGUAAUUCUUGCUACAGAAAAUAAAGAAGCAUCUGGAAACGUUCCUUUGGUUAACUUUCUUCCUUACAUGUGCAAAGCUAUGACAGAACACAGAUAUUAUCCAGCCAGUGCGGAAAUGUUACUUGCAGCUUUUCGUUACUUUGACAAAGAAAACCGCGGUUAUCUGACUAAGGAAAAAUUUGCACAGCUUAUGCUUCAGGAGGGAGAACCUUUUACUCAGGAGGAGUUUGAGGAGAUGAUGCAAACAGCAUUAGAUCCAGUAACCGACACUAUUAUUUACGAGUAUUAUAUAAACCAACUGAUGGUUGCGCCCAAAGAUGUUUAUGACAAAGCGGAUGAAAUAGAACUUGAGCGAAAGAGAAAAGAAGCUGCUGCUCCGAAGAAAAGAAGAGCCUCUUCGCUUCUUAGAGCCGCACAAUUAUGA